AUGUUACUCCAGAGACUGUAUCGUAAUAUAAAAGAUACAGUAUCAUCAGCUAUGUCUGGACAACCGUCAACUACGAGCACAAGUCCACAUGAGACUAGCACGGACAACAAUAGUGAAAUUUCACUAGUGAGUACUACACCUUCUUCUUCAUCGACAACUUCCACGAGUGUCCCAUCCUCGUCACAACCGACUCCGUUUGUGCGACCACCAGCUUCUCAAACAUUCGAUCCUGCUGCAGUGUUUAUGGAGGCAUACGACUGUGCGAAAUUAAAUAACAAUUGGAAUAAAGUAUCGAGCUCUUUAAUGAUUCAUCCAGAAUGGUUAACAAAGAUUCCUGAAGGUCGUCGUUGGACAAUGUUACAUCAAAUAGUAUUUUCAGGCAAUGUCAUGCACUUAAAUGAAGUUCUUGCCUUGCAAGCAUCGAAUCCUGAUUUUCGUUUGCUCUGUAAAGCGGCAGAUGAUAAAACAGUGCGUGAAGUCGCUGCUGAUCGUGCACAUAUACACCCUCAAAUGAUACGUCGUAUCGAACGAUUAGUCGCUGUUGAUCAGUUAUUAAAUAAUGCUAAGGAACGUAAAUGGGAACUGGUUAAACAAUUUAUAACCAUGCAGCCAGACAUUGUCAAUGAAAAACCACCGUAUCGUCGCUUUUAUCUAGCACAUCAUUUAGCAUGCGUUGGAGAACUCGAUGUAUUCAAAGACUUAAGCACAGUAUGUCAUUUUAGACUUGACUUGCUUGCUGACAAUAAAACAAUUAGUCAAGUGGCUCGCGAAAACAAUCAAUUACCUUUCGCUGAAUACAUCGAAAAUCUUGAAGCUAAUCCACCAGAAACUGCUCCUGAUAGUACAACCGAUACGGUACCCCAUCAUGCAACAGGAACAACACACCAAUACAGUCCAAAUUUCUAUGAUGAUGCAGUAAUCUCUUUCAUACCUGCAAAUAUUAAUGUAACUACCAUGUUUCCACCAACAAGUGAUGAGUUAUCGUAUCCUGGAGCUCAUCAUCAUACGUUUCACAAUGAACAUCAUCAUACGUCUCACAAUGAACAUCAUCAUGCGUUUCACAAUGAACACCAUCAUACGUCUCACAAUGAACAUCAUCAUACAAGCACAUCGGUUGAAGAAACCGAUGGGAACGCAUCUCACAUACAUCCACAAACAAGUACAGCAACAUCCGUCAAGCCAAAGCCAACUGCACCACAAAUGACUGAUGACGAGCAAGCAGCUUAUGAAAAAACAGUUAUUAAUAACAUUCAAAAAAUGUCUCAAGAAAAUCUACUAAAUUCAAUCACUUGUUGCAUCACAAAAGCUAUUCUACACGAUCCAGUUGUGGCAUCGGACGGUUUCACUUACGAACGUGAAGCUAUAGAGAAUUGGUUCAAAACUUCCAAUCGUAGUCCAAUGACAAAUCAAGAACUAGAAAAUCUUGAAUUAAAACCUAACUAUGCAAUCAAAUCUAUCCUACAAAUGCUUCAAGGAGCUAGUCCGCCGAAAGACAAGAAUCCUAGUUUCGCCAAUGAAAAACCAGCAUAUCGUCAUUAUUAUUUAUUUCAUCAUAUGGUUUGUGCCAAAGCUGUUGAAGAAUAUAAACGAUUUAAGCAAAUUACCGACUGUCAAUUUGAUUUACACUUACGUGCUGAUCGGAAAAAGUGUAAUGUCAUUGCUUGUGGUCGAGAACAAUUACAGUUUGAAACAUUUGUUGAGAAUGAAUACCCAGGCUUAUUGGAAGCAGAUGAUGAUGAUGAUGAUGAUGAUAACGAAUAUUAUACAUCUUCGGCAGAAACCUUGCAACAAACGAGCGUCAUUAGUAGUGCAAUGAUGGAACAAAAAAUAUCAUUAUAA